CACGCAGCACAUUUUCUGGCCGAACUACAAACAGGGCCGCCCCCGGAAGUGACGUGCCCCAAGUUACUAUUUUUGUUCGGAUGCCCGCACGCACACGUGCCUUGCUUCAAAAAGCUGCAAUGAAGACUUUUUAAACGUCGUUUGUCGUCUUCUAGCCUUCUCCAAAUGCCUCGAGACAUUUCGCCGUCGUCGAGCGACGACGAGGCGGCCAUGUCGCCCGCGGAAGCGACGCCGAAGCCGAAGGAAGUCGAAAAGAGCCGUAGGUACGAGUGUCCUCAGGACUUCGAGAGCUCGGGCCGCCGUCCUUGCGGCGGCACGCUGGCGGAGACGCUUAGGAGCGGCGAACGCGAACUGUGGCUCGUCAAAACUCCCGCCGGCUUCGAUCCUCGAUGGUCACGUGACUUGACGCCUCCCGUCAGGCUGCGCAUCCAGCAAGCCACCAAAGGGGGCGCCGCGGUGAAAGUAAAGGCUUACCUCGCACGUCCGCUUCCUGUUUGCAGCCGCCGCCGUUCCCGCCCACCCGAAGCAUCCACUGGAAAAGACCCAACAACGGAGCGUCUUGACGGCAAUUCGGGAUGCGAAAACCGCUCCCGUGCUGGAUCGCGGCGCGAGCGCUGUACAGCUCGGAAAACUGCAGUUUUGGGAACAAUUCCGAUUGCUACGUUGGAAUUGUGGCUGUGCGUCGUCCCUCACAUCAGCAAUUCGUAGCAGCGUUUUCCCCGAAUACCAAAAUGAACGCGUCGAGACGGGGGAAACGGAAGGGACGAGGCGACACGUGUAUUGCUUCCGCUGCUCAUCCUCAUCGAAUCGAUUCGAUUUCGCAAAACGCUGCCCCCCGCGGGACGCCCACGAAGCUGCGCGGCGACCAACGAAAAUUGCCCGCGGAGCCGAUGCGUCGUCAAUACAGCGAACGACCCGAGACCUUUCCGCGGGGCCUACGGAUGCUCCCAAGCUCACACCAAUGUAGUUCCUCGUCACCGGGAUGCCGCAAAGAUGACGGAAACGCACUCUGUGGAAAUGAACCUGCUCAACUCACUUCAACGUAGUUCCCUGACACCACGACACUAUCAAAGUAAUACUUUUACCACUUUGGGCUGAGCACAAACACACAAAAUAUGUACCAACAAUUGCAAGCUGCGACUACGCGCGCUUCACUGUAUUCCUAAUUUGUGGUCGCCAUGGCAACAACUCGGAGAAGAAGAGUGGGACCUCCUGCUCGACUCUUCAAAGAUCCUCAGCAGCAGCAGCAGCAGCACAAGAAGAAGAAGAAGACGACGAGGAAGAGGAGGCAUGCAUCAUGGCCGCCGCCCGUGGAGCAAUGUGGUAGGGGAGUCGUGGGGGGGUUGUGGGGGUGGGCGGGGUGCGUGAGGAUGAAGUUAAAGAUGGAGUAAAGAAGCCUCCUUACCAGAGAGCCUCGCCGGCCCGGCGCCGCCGCCGCCCAAAGACAAAACUACCCAAGAGGAAGGAGAGGAGUCCCCACCCGGGCAGGCUCGCCGGGGAGAAUCAAUCCGACGCACCCCCCGCUGCUGAAUUCUCACAUUCGCUUCGACAAAAGACUUUUUUUUUUUUUUUUCCUCCGGAACGCUCGGAAACGACGGGCGCCGCGUUAACUUCCGGGCGGCAGAAAAGUGAGCGACCGCUGGAAAAAAACGCCACGAAAAACUGCUGCGGUUGAGGUUCCGCUUCGGGAUUCAUCCAAGGACGUUUCCAUUUGCUUAAAAAAAAAAAAAAAAAAAAACAUCGUCACGAAUCCAUCGCAAACUUCAGGUGAGUACGAUAAAUGCAGCCGACCUUGUGACCUCACAGAUAUGUCGAAAAAUAAAUUUGCCGCGGGCGCCGUCGAAAUGCCGAUCAACUCAUUCACUGCCGUGGACGUUUUCUGUUCGUCGGCCGGGAAAAGUUUGCGGCCACCGACCGACCGACGGACGCGUUCGGCGUCUUUGGGACGUUCGGCUUUGAAAGCCGCUGCAAUGACUAUCAGACCCCUGCGGGUGGCGCUUUGGAUCGGAGUCAGCACAGGUUUUAAGGAGAAGAUCUGGAUUGGGGGGCAAAUCUCGGCUUGUCACGCCAACACGGUGGAAGUGCACAUAACUGGCCGAUGGUUGCUAUAAAUUGGGGUUCUGUCUUGGUGUCGUCUAGAUCGGCACCUAAACUAUUGUUUUGCUUUUAACCCUCUCUGGACCAAAUAAAAUGUUGUCAUUUUGUAAACUCAGAAAAUGAUACUCUCGAGUAAAAAUUUUCUGUUGCAAAU